AUGUCAAGUCUUAAAUUCAUUAUGGAUGUGGACGUGGACCACGAAGAUCCGCAUCGUGAUAAAAAGGGUGUCGGAUCCUUCGCAACCACCUCCGGGACCCGUGUUCCUGAUCCUUCGGCAUAUCAAAGACAAGCCUCCCCAUCAGGACAAGGCACCCUCGGCAACACAAGUUCACCACUGAUACCGGCGACAAGAUCAGUAAUAUCAACAGCAACGACAGCUACUACCAGACCUUACACCUCUCCGACUGCGAUAUCAGCCAUCAUAGAAGGACCACCACCAUCGUUGCCACCACCACCACCACCACCACCACCACAAGCACCGCAAACACAGUUCGUGACCAUUACGCUCCCUUCAAGACAGUCGUCUGCUGAGGCAGGAACGCCCCAAACUGGCUCAACCGAUACUCAGCCAGGGCCCACGGAAGCGACCUCGUUGUCCGCAAGGCCUGCGGCCCUGCGCCGCCACAGCACCACAAGCGCCAGUACGAUGGAUCAGCAUGGCUACUCCCCAUUGUCCCCCAUGAGGAUGGGAACCACAGGAGGACCGGGGCGCGCCGCCAGUCUGGGUGGCUUUGUUGACAGCUCUGGCCAGGCGUCGAGUGUUGCGAACCGACCAUUGCAGCCGCAAACGCACUUGGAGUCCCCCAUCAGAUUGACCCCCAUCACUGGGCGCAUCAGCCGCGCCAGGAAGGGCCAACCUGUUCACGUGUGUGAUGUUUGCAGGCCGGCCAAGACCUUUACAAGAGCCGAGCACCUAAGACGGCAUCAGCUCAGCCAUGGAACCCCGCAGUACUCAUGCUUGGUUCCAGGAUGUGACCGCACUUUCCACCGGGCAGACCUGCUUGCAAGACAUCAGCAGAAACACCAGGAAGGUGAUUCGGCACUGGCACCAUCCCGCCCAAGCAGGGACCAGUCGCCAUCUGGAGGGCCUGGUAGACGAGCAACGACAUAUACUGCAAACACUUCAAAUGUGACUCUGCGCCAGGCACCUUCGUCAGGGGCCUCUCAAACCACAUCCGGAUCAGGCUCCGGAGCAGGAGCACCCACGGGGGCAGCACCCAAUGAUGCGCCUUCAACGCCAAAUAUCAAUAAUACCAGGCUACAUCACGGCUUUGACAGCAGUCCAGCUGGCAACCUGAGCUCUCAGGUUUCGCCGUUUGACGUUUCCAGGCGUUUCAGCAUCGACGCAGGACCGCGACGUGUUUCCCAGGAUUUCAACUCGGCCUAUACCCUGUCACCUUCGGCUCAAGACAACCCUACGAUACGCUAUUCUACGGUUCCCACAGCUUAUGACUCCGUGCCGACCCAGAUUACUUUCAACCCGGUGAACUACCAGGCACCUCGCGAAGUGCGGCAGCUUUGUGUGGUCACAGAAGGCCUUUCGGGCUCAUCCUCAUCUCUCCAUGUUCCUGAAGCCGGAUUACCCGAUCUCUCAUUGUCUCCGAUGUAUCAAUCGUCGACAGACGGUAGUACAUACUCUACUCCGUCCGACCCCCGAGCUCUGAACGCUCCUUGGGCGGUGCCAAGACAGAGUUCCCCUCAAUUAUACCCUGCGCUCAAUGUCGAAACAACAUCUUCUGGCGCCUGGGCGGCUCCUUACGUCUACAGUCAGGGACAAAAUUCGCCCGGCUCCAUUGUGAGCCCGCCCCUGUUUUCAGCUUAUCCCGAGUUUGGUCAUCCAUACGGCAACUUUCUCGACGAGUCGAUCGUCCCUUACCCGGCCAUGGACCAAGCAGACCACUUGCAGUUGGCAAUGGAUGAAAGCUCGACACCGGCGUCCAGUUUCCCCCGCGGUAACCAAGGCCGAGGCGAUUCCUUGCCAUCUGGUAUGGAAAUGCGCAACGGGUCGCUCUUGGGCGGUCUUGUCGCUCCAGUGCCGGUCAUGUCUGCGGAUCGUGUGGGAAUGAAUUCGGGCCUGGCUCGCCAAAAGCCAAUGAUGACGGUUGCUCCUAGCCCAAGCAUUACCGCGAGCUCGGGUGGCGGCUUUUCUUCCAACGGAGCGGGUUUUGGUUUUGGGAGCGGAGAUGACGGCAGUGCCGGGCCAAAUGGGUUUGCCAACUCUCGGAUCCGAAGUGGCUGUGCCAACGCCUCCGUUUCUCUGACCAGCCCACUCCCGCGACACAUUCACAACGCCAUGCCGGCAUACGAAGAUGUUUACUGGGACAGCCUUGGUCCGGAGUACCCAUUUGUUCAUCGGCGUAUGUCAGACGAGGCUGGCGACAUGAUUUUGCGAUCAGCCAUGGCGGCGGUUGGAGCCCAGUGCCUGGAUGGACUGGCGCAUCGUGCAAGGAGUAGUAUCCUUCACAAGCACGCUUGGGAGGAAGUGAGGCGGAUACCAAAGUGGAACCUCCAGACAAUGCAGGCGAUAAUCUUGUGCGAGUACCUCGCUCGUUUCAGGGGCAAACGCCUUGUCCAUCAGCCCUCGAAACCGUUCGAGAAUCUGUAUUCGAGGGAACAGCGAUGCUCAGACCAGUUUCAGGCUAUCGACCAGGUCCACUCUCUCUUCGAUCCUGCUCUCACGGCCCAGAGCAACCCCCACAUUUCAGCACAAACCCGCUGGCGCAACUGGUUGGCCAAGGAAUCCUAUAGACGACUCGCCAGCUCCUGCUUUGUUCUCGACGUCCAUGCGUCCUUCUACCACCAGACCUCGCGCACCCGAGAUUUCAACACGUCGGAGCCAGGCAGCGCCCCGCCUCUCGCUUUUACGGGUCCGAGCCAGGCCCUUUGGGAUGCCAGCUCCGCUGAGGAGUGGGAUGCGAUUCUUAGCGCUAAUCCCGCCGCCGGCAUGCCCAUGCCCAUGCCUCACUCCGAGGCCGUUGCCGCCAUGCUGCCCGAGGAUGGGAGUAGCAUGGCUACAAGGAACGGACCACAGAGGUCGUUUGACCAGUUUCUCAUCCUGGCGGCCGAGACUCUACGCCUUCCCAAACGCGUCCUGGGCAGUGGGGGAAGCAACAGAAACUACACAACCCAGUCCGGCAGUAUCCCGCCGCCACAUUCGGAAGCAUCGAAUGGUUGGAAGUUACCGGAUCAGACGUCGUUGGCUACUGGUUCUGACCAGUUCACAGCCCAACCUGUCUCGUAUUCGGCAGCCUUCCAGGUCGAGGAACGUAUUGCGAAACUAUUCCGCUACUCUCCCAUUGCAAACACCUACCUGGCACUUCACCACACGCCACUUCACGAGCUUCUAGCCGUCACCGGUUCUCCAGGAAACUUUCAUCACAAAAACCUUCCUUAUCAGCAGGGCCGCGUUCGACAGUGGACUGCAUCCCUAAAAGCUCUCGACUCAAACUUGUCGAAGACAGCAGGGCAUUUUGACAAGUCGGCAUCACGAGCGGUUGUCUACGCCGCCAGGGCGCUCGCCGAUUUCCUGUCCACCCCGUCAUCUGGCAGGCCUACCAUUGGUGCCUUGACCGACUACUGGGGCAUAUUUGUUUGCACCUUGAUCUGCUGGGCAUGCGGUACCGGAGCGGCGGCGGGAGUCGACGGGAGCAUUAGCAACGACCCCAACGCGUCUUCCGAGCAAGACGCUCGCGAAUGGUUGCAUCUGACGGCCUCAUUACAGCCGACAGAUGAUGCGGCUGUCGACACUCUCGUCCAGGAUGGUCGAUGGGCUGGAGUCAUCGGCCUAGCACGUCGUCAGAUCGAGCUAGACUGCAGCGCCAGCAGCUCUGGAAACAUCAUUGCCGAUGUCCUGGCUGUCUUGACUAGACUUGACGGGGACCGGCGCGAGAUGUUUUGA